AUGGAGGCAGAGCUUGUGAAGUUACGAAAGGAAGUUGAUGAUGCUAAGCGUCGGGCAGAGGUGGCUGAGCGCCGGGCAGAGGAGGCCCAACGCGAGGUCCGCAACACCACACUUGUCGAGUACCUAGAAUAUUGUCACCAGCAUCUCUUUACCACGUUCGAAGUACAGCGGGAUCCCAGGCUUACUACAGCCGGCCCUGCUUCGGCCCCGCAUGGCAAGCUUUGCCCGACCUAUCUCCGACACUGGGACGACUUUGACACGCUACAACGCCGCACCCUCGACAGCUUAUUCACCCUCUACCCGGCCGUUCAAGAAGCCUUCCCGAGUCUGCACGCCACCCGAACACAGGGCCAGGAGAUGUCGCGGGGUAAGAUCGGAGAUCACUUGACGCUCGACCACUUUGUGGGCAAGUUCGUUGAGACGCCCGUACGAUCCAUCUGCGCCCGGCUGAUGAAGCACCUUGGCUUUUGCAGACGAGAUGCUCAUCAGCGUAUCUGGGUGAUCGGCCCGAAGCUUGGUCUUGCAAGUCGCGCCAUCUCACACAGCAAGGGAGAUUACAGUAAGCAGUUCAGCAACACUAGAAACAACACAUUUAAGCCAUCCAUUGUAGAGCCACACAGUCCUCUUUACUCCUCUGAGUCACUCAGGGGGAGCACAGGGGAAAAUAGCUCGGAUUGUCUGUCUUGGCUCAAGGCAGAAUCGGCUCCCCAGAUUUAUUUUGCUGAGAAACCUGGGGCGUAG